AGGGACUUUGAUUUGAUGUAAUGAAAUGAGAGUCCACAUUUACGCAUGAAUUUACAUCUGUGUGUUACUUAUGUGAAUGGAUUAUGCUUACUACGCCCAGUGAAAUUAGAAACAAACAUGAAGUCAGUGUUACUAUGAUACGUCAGCCAAAACGUAUUUCUGUAUUUUAAACAUCUUUCGGUGUAGCCUGAAGAAGGACCGUAGAAUCUUAACAAAGUGAGAGUGUACUGUGAUUCUGUUAUAAUUUUUGUGUUGUUUCUUGCAUUAGAUAUGGGAAGAAAGAAAAGGUGUUUUGCACCAGGUUGCAUAUCUCCCAGUAACCAUACUGGAAUUAAAUUCUUCCAUUUUCCCAGGAAUUCAGCACGGGCUAUGGUAUGGGCAGGAAGAGUUGGGUUAUCCUGUACUACUGAUUCUGCUAGAAUGCUGUACGAUAAAGUUCUGUGCAGCAAACAUUUCUCUGAAAGUGAUUUCACUACAGCUGAAAGGGUACACCUUAACAGAUGUGCAGUUCCAUAUGGCACAGAUUCUGCUGCACAGUCACUCCCACAACCUCCUGAUACUUCAUUACACACACCUUCCUUUGAUACCUUGCCUUCAGAUUUAUCUCCUGUACAUGAUCUUAAAGUCCUACCGCCCACCAGAACCUACAGCAAGACACUUGUGCCCUCUGCUGUAGCACCUGUUCCUAUUCAUGCAGACAGUCCUUCCACUUCCUUUCAAAUGUCUGCAAUCCAAUCCUCACCAACAGCAGGCAACACUUCUUCAGUGAAAGAAACCUCCUAUCUCUUAGGCUCUGGAAAUAUAUAUGCUUCUGAUGGGGCACUCGGGCAUAUCAGUUGUCAAAGUUCCUCCUCAAAGCCGAGAGCAAGGCGUUCUCUGCUGAAAGAACUUAAUUUGGCUUCGCUUUCUGAAUUGACACCGAGGAAAAGGAAACUAUAUGAAAAAAUUCGGAAUAAGGAGAGUGCACUCUGUAAACUCAAAAAGAAAUACAAAGGAAAGAAGUUGGAAAAUCUCUGUGAUGUGGACAGUGAUCCACUUAUGGAGAGACUUUCAUCUUCUCUCAGUGUAGAGGCUGCCAGAUUAUUGGCAGCAGUUAUUAGGAACAGCAGGCAGAAACCUCAGGGAAGGAGGUGGGAUUUCGAAGAGAAAGUGUUGGCCCUGUGUCUCCUUAAGCGUAGUCCCAAAUCCUAUAUCCUCCUCCGAACACUACUCCCCUCCCAUCCAGACGAUCCUUGCAGUCUCUCCUCAGUACUGUUCCAUUUAGGACAGGCAUCAAUGCUCGUGUGUUUCAUGCACUCGAACAGUCUCUGCAGAAAAUGUCUGGUGAAGAUCGAUAUUGUUGUCUCAUGUUUGAUGAAAUGUCAAUCAGAGAGAACUUGCAUUUCAAUCAGAAGUUUGACUGCAUUGAGGGUUUUGAGGACUGUGGAAGUCAGGGCAGGACUUGCAGCAUUGCAUCGUCCUCGACUAGUGAUAUUGAACACUGUUCAAAAAUCACUAGUCGAGGACAAUGAGGUUGGCAGUGCAUGUAGCACGAAUGGGGGAGGCGAGGAAUGCAUAUAGGAUAUUGGUGGGAAAGCCAGAGGGAAAGAGAGACU